AUAAAAAAGAAGAUUAGGACUAGUAUUUUUAGGUUAUAAUAUAUGAAGGUUAGUUAUUAAAGCGUGGUGUGAUAAACAUAUACUAAUUUUAAUUGGAAUUUAAAAGUAUAGUGAAUAAUGGCUAAAUCUAAGAAAAAAAAUCGAAUGUCAUCAGAGCGUGUUCAUUUAAAAAAAGAACCAAAAAAGAUGAAUCCCUUCGAAAUUCAUGUGAAUAAAGAGAAACUGAGGGUUCUAGGUAAAAAACAAAAAAAUGAUAAAGGUCUUCCAGGAGUUGCUAGAGCAAAAGCUAUACAAAAAAGGAAAUCUACUAUUCUACAAGAAUACGAAGUUCAAAACAAAACUAAUACGUUUGUAGAUAGACGUAUAGGAGAAAAAGGUAAAAUGGACUUUGAAGAAAAGGCUAUCGCAAGAUUUACAGCUUUAAAAGUAAAAAAUCAUAAUAAAAAAAGUAUUUUUAAUCUUGCCGAUGACGAAAUUUUGACACAUAAAGGACAAACUUUAAGUGAAAUCGAAAAAUUUGAUGAUCCUAGAUCAGACGAUGAAGAUUUUUUUGAUAAAGGACCAAAAACAGGAAAUUUGGAGUCUGAUUUUGUUGAAGAAGCUCAUUUCGGAGGUGGUUUGUUUAAAAAUACUGGAAAAGAAGGUGCAAUGACACAUAAAGACCUUAUAAAUCAACUUAUAGUGGAAUCGAAAAAGAGAAAAGCAGAAAAACAGAAAUUGAAAGAGGCUACAUUAGAAUUAACAGAAAAAUUGGAUACUGAAUGGAAAGAUCUAAUUCCAUUAGUGAAUUCAAAUACACAAAAAACAGAAGAUGAACCAAAAAAAAAGAUUGAUGACUAUGAUAAAGUAAUGAGAGAGCUUAAGUUUGAAAAACGUGGUACUGUCUCAGACAGAUUAAAAUCAGAAGAUGAACUAGCUAAAGAAGAGAAAGAAAAUUUAGCAAAAUUAGAACAAGAAAGAUUAGAACGAAUGAAUAGUAGUGAAGAUAAACCAAAACAGUAUCAUAGAAGUGCUGACGAUUUGGAUGAUGGUUUUGUGUUCAAUAGUGAUAAUGAAGACACACAAGAAAAUAUGUUGAGUUAUAAUCCAGAAGGUGAAUCCAACUUACCAAUUGAGGCCAAUGUAAAUGGAAUUAUUUUGAAAGCUAAUAAAAAUACUGAAGAAGCUGAAGAUGAUAUAGAAGAAGAGAGUUCAGAAGAAGAAGAAACUGAUUCUGAAGAUAAUCUAUCUGAUUUGAAAGAAGACAGUAAUAGUGAAACAGAAUCUUUUGGUGUAGAAAAAGAACAAGAAGAAAAAAUGGAAAAUGAUGAAAAAAUUGAGUAUAAAAAUGAUAAAGUUGCUAAUAUAUCAAAUGAGUCAAGUAAAUCUAGAGAUAUUGAAAAAGAAAUUGCCUCAAAUGAAACUAUUGGAUUGAAAAAAUCAGAUAAAACUACUUCUUCUGAAGAUAAUUCGAACAAAAAAGGAGUAAAUGAAGGGGACAUACCAUUCACAUUCGACCUACCAAAUUCUUAUGAAGAUUUGCUUGAAUCUUUAGAAAAAUAUGAAAACUAUGAAAAUCUAGUGUUACAGAGAAUGAUAAAGUGUAAUCAUCCCAGUUUAUCAGAAACUAAUAAAAGCAAAUUGGGCUUACUAUUUGCAUAUGUUCUCCAAUAUUUGAACGAUCUUUUCUGUGAACAAAUGGAUGAGAAAAAAACUAAAAAACACUUUUGUAUCUUUCAAAGUUUGGUACCACAAAUUUACGAACUGGCCAAGUUGAAUCCUGAGAAUGCGCAUAAAUCAAUCAUAGAAGUUAUUAAGGAGAAAUUUGAAGAAUUUAAGAAAAAACCUAGAAUUUAUCCUGGACUUGAAACAUUGAUAUUUUUUAAAUUAGUUAGCGUCUUAUUUUCAACAUCUGACUUCAGGCAUCAAAUUGUUACACCUUGUUUCAUUUUUAUGGAGCAAAUAUUAACAAAAUGUAAGGCCAAAGACAGACAUUCCAUAUCAUAUGGUUUAUUCGUAACUACAUUGAUAUUAGAGUACUCAGUUUUGUCUAAAAGAUAUCUACCAGCGGUGAUUAAUUAUUUAUCAGGUUUAUUACAUAUGGCUGUUCCAAAAGCAAGUGUGAAACUCUUGAAAAUCCCACCACCUUUCAAGUCAACAUCUUCUCACUUAGUUCUUGUUGAUAAUUACAGUUCUGAAGUGUUCGAAUCCAUGAAAAUGAAAACUACAGAUUUUAGUCAACAAGAGAUAAAUGGGGAUUAUCAAGUGAGAGUUCUGUACUCUGUUGUGAAGCUUCUAGAACAAUUUUUAGAACAUUACAAAGUUCUACCAAGUAAUGUAGAGAUAUUCGAGUCAGUUUUAAAACAUAUUCAGUUAAUUCCAUGUAAUUACUAUCCUGAAAUAGUACAAAAUAAUUUAAAUAAUCUAAUAACUUUGUUGGAGAAAAUAAAAGAGGAAAGAAGACUGACAUAUCUUGUUAUGGAAAUAUCUAAACCUAAGGCUUUGAGGCUUUAUGAACCAAAAAUACAAGUGAUAUAUGAUGGUAAACAACAUAAAUAUCAAUCGAAAGAAAAAGCUCAGCAUAGUAAAUUGUUACACAAAUUAAAAAGGGAGAAAAAAGGUGCACUUAGGGAAAUUCGCAGGGAUAAUGCGUUUUUGGGAAGAGUUAAAAUUAAUAAACAGAUACAGAGUGAUACUGAGAGGAGAGAUAAAGUUAAAAGAAUAUUCUCUGAAGCAGCUGUACAACAAAGCGAACUUAAUGCUAUUGACAGAAAAAAGAAAAAGAAACAUUAGAUAUUGAUAUGAAUUGUAUAUAUUGUAAUAUAUUUUCCCAAUCUUUUUUUAAUCAUUUUCCAGCUAUAAUAAAAUGAUUCUAUUGAA